CUGCGCAGUCCUGCCAGCGAGCUGCACCGUGGACAUUGGGAGCCGGUGCGGUGUUGGAGUUCGACGUGGCACUUCGGUUUCGAUUACACACUCAGACGCGUCCGGCUUAUCCGUACUGGCACACAGAUUGUGCUGAGAGCAGUGGAAUGAGAAGGACCUGAAAACAAAGGAAAAUGAGUCAACCUGGCUAUGUUGCAACACCACCGUACUCUCAGGCCCAGCCUGGCAUUGCAGGAUAUCCCUCUGGCUUUGGAUCUGCACCUUCUCAGACCCUAUAUGGACACUAUGGGGGACCACCUCAGUCAUUCUCUCCAUCACAACCAGGAGCACUCAAGCCAUCAGGUCCUGCAGCUUCUGGUAUGCCUUCUCCACCAGGCCCAAACCAGUUUAGCCCUAACAAUCUACAAAAUGGAGCUCACUCCCAGAGGUUUCCUCCAUCUCCAGCUGUUUCUGCUCCUUCCCUUUCACCAUAUGGACAACAUCCUCAAGCCCCCUAUCAAAACUCCCCCAUUCCAGCACCCACACAGCAGCUGACCAGCCAGAUGAAUUCAAUGCAAAUAAGUGGAUAUGGACAUGGCCCAAUGCAAGGUUCUCAACCCCCUCCUAGCCCAGCUGCACAGCAGGGUUUCCAGACUUCUCUGCCACAGACUAUGUCACAUCCUCCAUUGCCACCAGGUUCACAGGCCUCUCCAAUUGCAUCAUCAUCGUUUACAUCUGGAGCCCAUCCUAUGGGUGCCAUGUCUUCGGUUUCUCCAAUGGGAACGACAGUCCCUUUCUCAGGACCUCAUCCAGGAAAUGUUGGAUUUCAGCCUCCCACUGCACAGUCAGGACCACAUGGUUUUCUCCCACAGCAAGGUUCAUACGGAGGGCAGAUGGCAGGAGCUCAGCCAGGGUUUCCUGGCUCUUUUCCAGCUGGGGCCGCCUCACAAAUGGCUGGCCCUCCACAGAAGAAGCUUGACCCUGACUCUAUUCCUAGUGCUACUCAAGUCAUUCAGGAUGAUCAAGCACGGAGAGGAGGGCAGAUCUACGCUACAAACAUCAGGGGUCAAGUUCCUCCCUUGGUUACCACUGACUUUGAUGUUCAGGAUCAAGGGAAUGCAAGUCCUCGGUUUAUGCGCUGCACAGCGUACUCCUUUCCCUGCACAUCAGAUCUUGCCAAGCAAUGUCAAGUUCCUCUCGCUACCAUCAUUAAGCCUUUUGCCACCAUUCCAAAAAAUGAGACUCCGCUACAUGUUGUGAACCAUGGGGAGACUGGACCCCUUCGCUGUAACCGUUGCAAAGCCUACAUGUGUCCCUUCAUGCAGUUCAUUGAAGGCGGUCGGCGAUAUCAGUGCGGCUUCUGCAGCUGUGUGAACGAAGUGCCACCAUUUUAUUUCCAGCAUCUGGAUCACAUUGGCAGGAGGGUUGACUUCUAUGAGAGGCCAGAAUUAUCACUGGGAUCUUAUGAAUUUGUGGCUACUUUGGAUUACUGCAAGAAUAACAGACCACCAAGUCCUCCUGCUUUCAUCUUUAUGAUUGAUGUGUCAUAUAGUAACAUAAAGAGUGGCCUUGUGAAACUGGUAUGUGAUGAACUAAAAACACUGUUGGAGAAACUUCCCAGAGAAGAGCAUGCAGAAAGCUCAGCUAUCAAAGUCGGUUUUGUUACCUACAACAAGAUUCUCCAUUUCUACAACGUGAAGAGCAACCUGGCCCAGCCUCAGAUGAUGGUGGUAUCUGACGUGGCAGAGAUGUUUGUGCCUCUCCUCGAUGGCUUCCUCGUUAACUUCCACGAAUCGCGAUCCGUCAUAAACAAUUUGUUGGAUCAAAUUCCAGAGAUGUUUGCAGAUACCAAUGAAAGCGAGACUGUUUUCGCCCCUGUUAUCCAGGCUGGCAUGGAAGCUCUAAAGGCAGCAGAAUGCAGUGGUAAACUCUUCAUCUUUCACUCAUCCUUACCUACUGCUGAGGCCCCUGGGAAACUGAAGAACAGGGAUGACAGGAAGCUUGUGAACACUGAAAAAGAGAAGAUUCUGUUCCAGCCUCAGAAGGGUGUUUAUGAGCAGCUCACCAAAGAGUGCGUCUCCAGCAGCUGCUGUGUGGAUCUGUUCCUAUUCCCCACCCAGUAUGUGGAUGUGGCCACCCUGGGGGCCAUCCCAUUACACACCGGAGGGACUCUAUACAAAUACAGCAAUUUCCAGAUCCAGGCCGACGGGGAGCAUUUUCUGAGUGACCUAAGAAAAGAUGUUGAAAAGCCAAUAGGAUUUGAUGGUAUCAUGCGCAUUAGGACAAGCACAGGCUUCAGAGCCACUGACUUCUUUGGUGCCAUUUAUAUGAACAACACCACUGAUGUGGAGAUGGCAGGAGUGGACUGUGACAAAGCAGUCACUGUUGAGUUCAAACAUGAUGACACACUCAGUGAAGAUUCAGGAGCCUUAGUACAGUGUGCUUUACUGUAUACAACAAUCGGUGGACAGAGACGACUGCGAAUCCAUAAUUUGAGCCUCAAUUGCACCUCACAGUUGGCUGACCUUUACAAAAGCUGCGAGACAGACGCGCUCAUUAAUUUCUUCGCCAAAUCAGCUUACCGUGCCAUGCUAAACCAGCCACUGAAGACAGUGAGAGAGAUCCUGGUCAGCCAGUCUGCACACAUGCUGGCCUGCUAUAGGAAAUGCUGCGCUAGCCCCUCUGCAGCAAGUCAGCUGAUCCUACCAGAUGCAAUGAAGAUCUUCCCAGUGUACAUGAAUGGGCUGAUGAAGAGCUCUGCCCUAGUAGGAAGCCCUGAGCUCUCCACUGAUGAAAGAGCUUAUCACAGACAGCUGGUCAUGUCCAUGGAUGUGGCAGAUACCCAGGUCUACUUCUACCCAAGACUCAUGCCCGUUCACAAUGUGGAUGUGAGCAGUGAUGUGAUGCCCUCUCCUGUGCGCUGCUCAGAAGAGCGACUGUCUGAUGGAGGCAUUUUUCUGCUGGAGAAUGGACAGAACAUGUUCCUGUGGCUGGGCCAGUCCUGUCCUCCAGAGCUCAUCCAGAGCAUUUUCAACGUGCCAUCAUUUGCACACAUCAGCACAGAAGCGAAUUCAUUACCGGAACUAGAUAAUCCCUACUCUAAGAAGCUCAGGUUCAUUAUUGACUGCAUCACCCUGCAAAGGCCUCAUUCAAUGAAGCUUGUCAUAGUUAAGCAGAAAGAUAAACCAGAGAUGCUUUUCCGUCAGUUCCUUGUAGAAGACAAAGGUUUACAUGGAGGAGCUUCAUAUAUGGAUUUCCUGUGCUACGUACACCGAGAGAUCAGGCAGCUUCUUACCUAACAACUAAGAACUGUGUCCUGUUAUUGGCCACUUUUUAAACACAUUGAUGUUUCAGUCCUGCGAAACAGGUGUACUGUCGUUCUCUGAAGUUUCAUUCACAAAUCUAGCCUACCAUUUACCACACUACAGCUGUCAGUAACAACUUUUAUAUGUGAAUUGACCAAAUAAUUGAUUAGAUUCAUAGAACGUUUCAUCUCAAUGUGUCCACUAAAAACUGGCAAGUCCACACUUAUGAAGUCUUUUUGUUGAAUACUAAAAUGAUAAACUUUUACAAUGCAGUUAUUCUCUGCAGAAUUGCUAAAUAUGUGAUAUGAACAUGGUUUCAUUUUGCUAAACGGAUCAGUAAAUAUAUAAUUAUAAUUGAAUACACUUGUCUUGACAUGGUUUGUUUAUUGAAAUGGAUUUUAGAAAAUAUGUAACACUUACAACUUUGUUGACAGUCUUUGAAUGGUAAAUGUUUUGUAAAACAACUUGCAGACUAACAAGGAGAUUUCUACAGAUGGGAGUCUUUUUUGUGAGUGUGAAUUCUUACACCUAAAAAUUUUCAAGAAAAACUGUUAACUUCUGAUUCAGAAAACAGUUAUCCAUUCUGUGUUUGUCAUAUGUAUGAAUUGUAUUUAAUGCCAGAUUAUUUCAUUUUUUGUUUUAAACCUAUAAGGCAAGGCCUUUGAAUUCCAUUUCUUUGUUGUUAUUUUGUUUUUAUGUAACAUUAGUCUUCAUUUAAUUGUGUUUUCUUCUCUAGGAGAUGAUCUUUCUUGAUUUACUCCAUCAGCUCUUCUUCUUAGGUACUUUUUUCUUUGUUGUAUGUGAAAAAAAUUCUUAUUUACAAACUAGUGGGUCCAGUCCAGCAUUUCUCUUGUGUGUAUGAAUAACUUCUAUUCCUCCAUAAACGUACUGUAAGCUGUUCCCAGUCCAUGAUAACAAGACCCAUCAAAAAAAAGAAAUUUGCUAUGGUGAUACCUUUCCUGUUUCAAUUAAACCAGAACAAAGGUAACUCUUCAAAGCAUUCCUGAUAUUCAAUAAAAACCUAAAUACUUAAAAAAAUAAAUUUAUAAUUAGAAGGCAUCUAAAAAUAGCAUUGAAAAUUAACUUCCUCUGCUUUUGAUUUUUUUUAAAUGCAUAAAACAUGCAAACAUAUAGAAAUGUGUAACCAGAAUCAUUUUUUUUGUCGAACUUUAAUAUUUUUUAACCAUCUAAUAGUGUGCUGUAUACUUACAUAUGGUACAUUUAAAAUGAAAACAUUCUUUUGUGUAACAAAAUAAUGCUCUGCCAUUAUUGCACAUGGCUAUGUGAAACAUUACAAGAACAUUUUUGGAGUGCUAAAUUGUACAAUAAUGGUUUAUUAUGCAAAUUUAUUCUUACAGUAGAUCUACAGUAAAAUAAUUCUGCUUGUAUUUGGUUUGCCUUUAAUAUCUGCCUUACUGAAUUGUGGUUAGAAUAUUAUAUGCAUAAAAGUAUAUUUUGUUAAGAAUCUGGUAUUAAAACAGUAAGAAAAUGUUUUGUAUGCAUAUAUGUCUCAGGUAAUGUGUGUAUAACCUAUCUGUAGUGAAUGAGUGAAACAGUUAUCCUUAGAGAACAGAAGCACAGCGUUUGUAACACUUUGUGGGAUCUUUACAAAUUGGCAACAUCUUUGCAUGUGUUGGGCAGGUUCAGAUUUUGGGGGGGCAGUUUGUGCAGUGUACUUUUUCAGUUUCAAGUCUUUAUAACCAGUUUUGAUUAAAUUGCAAUCUGUCAAAUAAAUUCAGAAAUAGAAA